GUACAAUAUAAAAGUCUGUAGGAGUGAAGACAGUUUAUUGUUAAAAGUUGAUUGCAAAUCAGUACGAUUUUGUUGGUUUUUGAUUUAAAACAAAUACAAAAUGUCUUCUCUCCGUGUAAAAACUCCUAUUGGAAAAAUCAUCACUAUCGACGUCGCAGAAACAGACAAGGUUUCUGACUUAAAACAAAAAAUCUACGACCAUCAACUCGUUCGGACGCAGAAUCAGAUUUUGCGGCUCAACAACAGCGAACUGGCAGACCAAAUGAAAAUUUCUGAAGCCCAGAUUGGGGAUGAAGUAUUGCAGUUAGAUUUAAAACAAGAUUAGAAAAAAUCGUAUACAUUAAAUUAGUGUUAUGUGCUAAAUUUUAAUAAAGAAUAUUUAAAAAA